UAUACGCAAGAAACGUUUGCAUGAAUAUACUCAACCCGUAAUCCAUUUCAUGCUCAAAAACGUGAAAAGUUGGAUUUUUCACAUUAGUAGACGAAGUAUGACACGUUGUUCUCGACUCUUCCAGAUUUGGAGAAGUUAUUAGUGUACUUGUUUUUAACAAACAGAGCCCAUCGUGUUUGUACUAGCGGCCACCGACUGAACGAACAUCAUCAUGCCGGUGGAAGUGAUUCCGACGGUCACGGAUGAAGAAAUUCCCGGUAACCGCCAAGUCGACGAGACAGCACCAGUCGUCAGUAAACCCAUGGUGGGGAUCAUUUACCCCCCACCAGAGGUCAGAAACAUCGUUGACAAGACUGCUGGAUUUGUUGCCAGAAAUGGGCCAGAGUUUGAGCACAGGAUCAGGCAGAACGAGAUCAACAACGCCAAGUUCAACUUCCUGAACCACGGCGACCCCUACCAUGCCUACUUCCGCCACAAGGUGCAGGAAUUCCUGGAGGGUAAGGCCCAGGAACCCACCAUCGCGCCUGCUGUGUCCAAGGUAUCGUCCCUUCAGCCCAAAGUAACCCCCCAGGCAACAGAGACAGUCGUCUUGAAGGAGCCUCCCCCGGAGCCAGAGUUUGUCACAGACCCUCCAACAAUUAGUGCCAUUGAGCUGGACAUUGUCAAGUUGACAGCGCAGUUUGUGGCUCGCAACGGCCGUCAGUUCCUGACCAGCCUGAUGAACCGAGAGCAAAGGAACUACCACUUUGAUUUCCUGCGUCCCCAGCACAGCAUGUUCAAUUACUUCACCAAGCUGGUGGAGCAGUAUACCAAGAUCCUGAUUCCGCCCAAGGACCUGCAGAGCAGACUUCGGCAGGAAGCCGAGCAAGCCAAGCGGGUGAUGGAGCAGGUCAACUACCGGGUGCAGUGGGCCAAGCACCAAGAGGCGCAGCGCCGGAAGGAGGAGGAAGAGAGGGAGAAAGAACGGGUUGCCUAUGCUCAAGUCGACUGGCAUGGCUUUGUUGUGGUGGAGACUGUAGACUUCCAACCUGGCGAGCAAGGCAACUUCCCUCCGCCCCUCAGACCCGAAGAAAUCGGCAAGCGCAUCCUGGCCGAGAAGCGAUAUGAACAGUUUGGGGAGCUGGAAGAAGAGGAAGAUGUUGAGAUGGAGGUUGCGAGCGACGAGGAAGGGGAGGAGGAUGAGGAAGCCAAAGACAAGGACAAGAAGAAGAAAGAGGCCCCGCCCAAAGAGAAGGAGAAGGCUGCGGGUGCGGCAGCCACGCCUGCCGACCAGAACACAGAGGUGCAAGACAUGGAUGAAGGGGAUUCGGACAUGGAGGAGAGUGACGAGGAGGAAGAGGGCCGUCGAGUUCCGAUGUCACCCCCGCCCCUCCCUGGUGCUGUGGGCUCCGACGCCUCGGCCUUACCCGCACCCCUGCCGCCGCUCGGCGAGGUGCAGAUCAGGAAGAACUAUGAUCCUAAAGCUCCGAAGCCCAUCUCAGAGCUCGAGGAGAAUUACCUGAUCUCCCCAAUCACCGGGGAGAAGAUUGCUGCCAGCAAGAUGCAGGAACACAUGCGUAUUGGCUUGCUGGAUCCCCGCUGGAUCGAGCAGCGGGAUCGCCAGAAGGAGAAGUCUGCCCAAGAGGAGGUGUACGCGCCAGGCCCGGCCAUCGAGGAGAGCCUGAAGCUCCUGGCUGAGAGGCGUACCGACAUCUUUGGAGAGGGCGAUGUGGAGACACAGAUCGGCAAAAAGCUCGGAGAGGAAGAGGACACUAAAACCAAGCAGAAGGUCAUAUGGGAUGGACACUCGGCCAGCAUGGAGGCCACAGCUCGUAAAGCCCAGGCCAACAUCACCAUAGAUGAGCAGAUUGCAGCAUUGCACAAGGCUCAGGGACUGGUCCCAGACAAGGAAAAGGAGAAGAUUGGUCCCCAGCCAGUCACCAAAGCUGCCACGCCCAUCCCCCCACCCCCCUCCCCCCCCCAGCCCAAGCCCGCCCCGACGGCAGCCGCCCCCAUGCCGGAGCCCAAGGCGGCCCCGCCCAUGCCCUUCCCGCCCCGCAUGCCCAUCCAGCAGCAACAACCGGCGCCCCCGCCCCCGCAGCAGCCACCGGCCGUGGCCAUGAUGCCCAUGCCCCCACGGCCCCCGAUGCCCCCACGCAUGCCCAUGGGUAUGCCCAGGAUGGGCGGUGGGCUCUUGCCGGGACCCCCACUGCGCUUCAUGAACCAAGGUCCGAGAAUGGGUGGUCAGCCCAUGCCGAUGGGCGGUCAGCACAUGGGGGCUAUGAGGAUGCCCGGAGGGCCGCCCAUGCCACCGGGCCCGCCCCCAGGCGUGGAUGAACCGCCCACCAAGAAGCAGAAGACGGAGGAGAGCCUUAUACCCGAGGAUCAGUUCUUGGCCAGAAACAAGGGUCCGGUCACCUUCAAGGUCAUGGUGCCUCCGAUGCCGGAUAAGCCCGAGUGGAAGUGCAACGGUCAGGCCCUGCAGAUGACCCUUCCCCUCACCGACACCAUCUCGGUCGUCAAAGCCAAGAUCUUCGAGGAGACCAGCAUGCCGGCCGGCAAGCAGAAAUUGCAGUUCGAGGGCUUGUUUGUGAAGGAUUCCAAUUCGUUGGCUUUCUACAACUUCAGCAACGGUUGCACCCUACAGCUUGGCCUCAAGGAGAGAGGAGGUCGCAAGCGCUGAGCACCGGUUGCAGGCAUGACAGACGCAUUAGUUACCACUGGUUACCAAUUAAAACUGGUUUCAACCUUUCUGUACGUGUACCCUUUUAGUGACCUCAGAGACCAGAAGUGGGUAGAACUGAGAGAAAAACAUCUGGGCCACGGAUGGCUAGCAUUUGUUAAAAAUUCAAAGAUUUUUGAAAACUAGUCAUGCCAUUCAGGCAUACAGGACUUUGAUUAGGCCCAAGUUGGUAAAAAAAAAAUUGUUUUCCACCAACCUGUUUGUAUAUUUGACCAAAACUUCUCAAAAUUUACCUCCUGUGAGAAAUGACCUGGGUAGACAAAGGUACAGCAUCUGUGAACCUUAAAUUCUGGCUUGUAGGUGUAUGAAGAAAGCAUUCUUGAUGCUACACUUUGUGAAACUAACCGAUGAAGAUUCAGAAAGUUACUCCAAGAAAUAGAGGGAUUUCACAUCAGCGCUGUCUGCGCAUAUCUGCAUCAAAACCGAGGCUCUCUGUGUUUAACUUUGUCGC